AUGAAACAGUUAACCAUGAGUUCAACCAUGAUAAAUAUUCCAAAUGGAGAUGGAAUUGCUCUCAAUCCGAAGAAGAAAUGUCAAUGUUCUUUUCGUUGUACUGGUUCUUCUCUUAUAGGUAUGAAGUGUAAGAAUGACAGGAACAAAGUGGUUCAUAGUAUCAAGGUCGGAAUUGCCUUGGUUUUGGUUUCAUUUCUAUAUCUCCUGGAUCCACUGUACGAGCAAGUUGGAGAUAAUACCAUAUGGGCUAUAAUGACUGUUGUGGUUGUCUUCGAGUUCUUCGCAGGUGCAAUGCUCAGCAAGGGCCUAAAUCGUGGAAUUGGAACUAUACUAGGUUGUGCAUUGGGGUGUUUGGCUGCAAUUUUAGCCGAUAAAGUUGACGGUACUGGGAAUGCCAUUGUUGUUGGCAUUUCAGUAUUUAUAUUUGGUGCUGCUGCAACAUACUGUCGAUUGGUGCCUAGCAUUAGAAGGAGAUAUGACUAUGGAGCCAUGAUCUUCAUCCUUACCUUCAACCUAAUUGUGGUAUCUGGUGUUCGUGCCAAUGAAUUCGUGAAAUUAGCACGCCAUCGUCUCUCAACCAUCGGAAUGGGUUUCUCAGUAUGCAUAUUCACCAGCUUACUCAUCUUCCCAAUGUGGGCUAGCGAUGAACUUCACUACUCCACUGCUGCUAAGUUUGAAAAACUCGCAUGCUGUAUUGAAGAAUGCUUGGAGCAGUACUUCGAAACAGUGGCCAGCCCUGACUUUAAUCAACCCGAAAAGAAGAAAGAAUCUGACUAUAAGUGGCAGGCAAAUUAUGCAAGGUGGGAGCCAUGGCAUGGGAAAUUUGGAUUCUCUUAUCCUUGGGAGAAGUACCUAGAGAUUGGAGAGGUUCUUAGAGAGCUUGCUGCAACCAUUUUUUCUCUGAAAGCAUGUCUCCAAUCACCUAAACAGCCCACAUCAACACUACGACAGUCGAUCAAAGAACCUUGUGAACUGGCUGGGUUGUUAAUUGCAUGGACUUUGAGAGAGCUUGAAGAGAGCAUCUUUACAAUGAAGAGGUGCAGGGCCGAGGCCUUGAUAGUACCAAAAUUGCAGCCCCUGAAACUGGAGUUGAGCCGAGUCCCGUCUCCGUUCAAGCUCGGAGCAACAGAGAAUGGCGAAGGGCUUCCCAUAGCAAGCUUUGUGUUACAAUUGAUGGAGACAAUGGAGAAAGUUGAAGUGUUAUCAAAAAAGGUGGAAGAACUAGGAGAACUUGCUGAUUUUGCACUAAAAAGCUAG